UCUACGCGAUUGGUUGCAAUGUUCGUCCAUCAUUAGAUUAAAUGUUUCAGGGUAGGUUGGUGCGGACACUGUAACAGCGCUGAUGGGCUGCUGUUAAAAACCCGGAGAAGAUUCCGCAACUACCGCGGGACAUUUCUUGAAAGCAUGACUUUGUCAUUGGAAAUGCCCAGUAGUUUGCUGGAUCUGUGGAUCCUUGACAGUUAUCGCGCUUGCAUUACUUCGUUUUAAUGAAAGAAAUGUCCUAAAUUAUUUUUUUAUUUUAAUUUAUUUUAUGGGUUUUAGUUUUAAAUUAAAACUACAUGGGCAUCGGAUAGCAGUAUAGGAUAGCAGUUCCCUCCAAGAACUUGGUGGACGUUUAUCGUUUUGCUUUUUGAUUGCUCCAGUGCUUGGAUUUCGCUCCAUCAGUCCAAGAUUUCUUCGUACUCGCAUUGUUCGUGCUGUUGCUUCGGAAGAAACAUGGGACUGCCCGCUUUGGAGUUUAGUGACUGUCAUUUAGAUAGUCCACAAUUUCGAGAGAGAUUGAAAUCUCAUGAGCUGGAACUGGAGAAGACUAACAAGUUCAUCAAGGAGCUGAUCAAAGACGGGAAAGCGCUUAUUCAAGCCCUGAAAAAUCUGUCAUCAGCGAAGAGGAAGUUUGCCGAAUCACUGAACGAAUUCAAGUUCCAGUGUAUAGGAGACGCUGAGACAGAUGAUGAAAUAUGUAUUGCAAAAUCACUUCAGGAGUUUGCAGGCGUUUUAAAAAACCUGGAAGAUGAGAGGACGCGGAUGAUUGAAAACGCCAGUGAAGUUUUGAUCACCCCCCUGGAACGAUUCCGCAAAGAGCAGAUUGGUGCCGCUAAGGAAGCAAAGAAGAAGUAUGACAAGGAGACUGAGAAGUACUGCAGUGUCUUGGAGAAGCACUUAGGCCUGUCCUCUAAGAAAAAGGAGGCUCAGCUCCAUGAGGCUGAUGCUCAGGUGGACAAUGUCAGGCAGCACUUCUACGAAGUAUCUCUGGAGUACGUCUUCAAGGUGCAGGAGGUCCAGGAGAGAAAGAUGUUUGAAUUUGUUGAACCUUUGCUAGCAUUCCUUCAAGGAUUGUUCACGUAUUACCACCAUGGUUAUGAACUGGCAAAAGACUUCAACCACUUCAAAACAGACCUCACCAUUAGCAUCCAAAAUACGAGGAAUCGGUUUGAAAGCACAAGGUCGGAAGUGGAGUGUCUAAUGAAGAAGAUGAAGGAGAACCCACACGAGCACAAGAGUGUCAGCCCCCACACCAUGGAGGGAUACCUGUUCGUGCAGGAGAAACGUUCCUUUGUGUCCACCUGGGUGAAACAUUACUGCACUUACUACCGGGAGCCCAGACGUGUGACCAUGGUUCUGUUUGACCAAAAAUCUGGAGGGAAGGUGGGAGAGGAAGAAUCCUUCAUUUUAAAGUCCUGCACUCGGAGAAAAACAGACUCCAUAGAAAAGAGGUUCUGCUUUGAUGUGGAGGCGGUCGAUCGGCCGGGGGUGAUCACCAUGCAGGCCCUGUCCGAGGAGGACCGCCGUCUGUGGAUGGAAGCGAUGGACGGGAGAGAACCGGUGUACAACUUGAACAAAGACAACCAGAGUGAAGGCACUGCUCAGUUGGACAUCAUUGGCUUUACUAUUAUGAAGAAAUUCAUUCACGCUGUGGAGACACGAGGAAUCAAUGAGCAAGGGCUGUACAGGAUAGUGGGUGUCAGCUCCAGAGUUCAGAAGCUUCUCAGUCUUUUGAUGGAUCCCAAAACAUCUGCAGAAGUGGAUUUAGACAGUUCUGCUGAGUGGGAGAUUAAAACCAUCACCAGUGCACUGAAGUACUAUCUAAGAAUGUUGCCUGCACCUCUCAUGACGUAUCAGUAUCAGAGAAGCUUUAUCAAAGCAGCCAAACUUGACAAUCUGGAAGCACGCAUCUCUGAGAUUCACAGCAUUGUUCACCGACUUCCUGAGAAAAACCGACAGAUGCUGGAACUACUGAUGAAGCACUUGGCCAGUGUGGCAGACCACCAUCAGCACAAUCUGAUGACAGUGGCCAAUCUUGGAGUGGUGUUCGGGCCCACACUGCUCAGACCCCAGGAGGAGACUGUCGCGGCCAUCAUGGAUAUCAAGUUCCAGAACAUCGUAAUCGAGAUCCUCAUCGAGAACCACGAAAAGAUUUUCAGCACUGCACCCAACCCCAGUACGGCGCAGGUGAAUUCGCAACAUCCGCUGCCACGGCGACGCAGUGCCGAAUGCAAACCGCCCUCCUGCAGUGAGAGACCCCUGACGCUUUUCCACACCCCACCGCCCACUGAGAAAGAGAAAAGAGACAGCGUGUUAAACUCCAGCGCAGAGUCUAUUGUGACCAACUCAUCCAAUAACUCCAACUGCACUCAAAAGGCCAAGCUUAACAGUCUCAACUGUAGCGACCCUGACUUGGAUACAGUCAUGGGGAGACAAAACAGACCCAACUCUCUGGUGCUGUGGCCGAAAUAUGCCACGCUUUCGGGUGCCUUUCGCAAGAGGUUGAACCCAAAGAACAGAUCAAGUGUCCCACUAAGCCCGGUCUCUCCCAGCUCCACCUCGCCACGCUCCCCCUCCUGGCCGAUGUUCUCUGCACCUUCCAGUCCGGUGCUGGCGUCUUCUACUUCCAGCGACUCCUCUCCGGUCAGCCCAACAGUUCGGAAGGCUCGGGCUCUGUAUGCCUGUAAAGCAGAACAUGACUCGGAGCUGUCUUUCACGGCGGGCACCAUAUUUGAAAAUGUUCAUCCUUCACGUGAGCCGGGCUGGUUGGAAGGCACUCUUGAGGGGAAGACUGGAUUAAUACCGGAGAACUAUGUGGAGUUUGUAUAGCCUUAGCAUUGAGCUGACACUGCUGCUGUCUCAACUGUGCUUACUGCAGUGUGGAGGAGGGAACACAACAGCAGAGGUCUGGCCUCUCCUGAUGCUGCUGUAGGAGGUCUGGCCCAUAGAAGAAGCACAAUGGGACCAGUCUGCAGCUAUAUCUGCCUGUCUAGCCGAGGAAGGGAGGCUGUGUGUGAAAGAGCAAGCACACAUCCAGUAAUGUGCACUGCCUUUGAGGAGGUGAUGCUGUAGAAGGCUCAGAUUCUUCUUUAGUGGGUGGAGUGCCUGUAUUUCCAUUUUCUCCCGAUCAGCUGAAGAGGAACUUCACAGGAGUUCUCCUUUGUCAUAUGUCAAUGGCCUUAUUUAUCAGAUGUGGGAGUAUGGCUUCGGCUUCUUUCAUAUUUCACAUGGUCAAGUCUAGGAUUAGAGCAGCACAACAGAGUGACUUUUGUAUCCUGAACUUAGAUUUUAAAAAAAGAUUUACCCUUUGAUGUCCUGAUUUUCAGGGUUGGCUGAAAAGCCGUCUGAAACUGGACGGGCAGACAUAGACUCACACCUAUGCAACUAUUGGGUAGCCCCAAUGUGUUCAUGCAAGAUGUUAAAAGCUGUGGAGCUGACCUGAGCUGUUAACUGGAAGAGUAUAAUGUUGGAUCUUGAAGUGGACUUUUGAAGGCUUUUCACAUAACUGCUAGCUUGCAGUUCAUUGGAUCUUGAAGCCUUUUUCUGUUUUGCUUGCUUGGAUUGGUUUGUUCUUGUGGCUCAGUACUGCAUCACUGAAGAAUCUACUAGAGCUGUCAUCCCUGACAGAAGGAGAAACUCUUGACAAAUCUUGGUCAAACUGUUGCAUUUUGCUAGUUUUAUGUUCUUAUUUUCCUUUGAGGGAAAUUUGGCAAGUCAUGUAAGCCUUGGGUUUGUAAAAAAAAGGUGUAAUAGUAAGAGUGUGGUCUUGAGAUCAUGUGGUGUCAGUCUCUUUUUAUUUAUCGUUUUUUUUAUUAAUAUUCUGCAGGGUGGGAUCCUGACAAUGCUUUAUUUUCUUUUAUUUUGGUUUGUUUAUGAAAUUAACAUUGUAAAUAAGCAAUAUUUGGUAAGGAAUACUUUUUUAAAGCAAAAAAUAUAUAUUUCAGAUUUGUAGUAUACUAAUUUAAUGUUUUAGCUUAUCAGUGGCUCCUUUUUAAUCUUCAGAAACUUUAAUGUUGAUCUUGCCUUAACAUUGUUUCUCAAUGAGAUGGAGAAACUCAGAUUUAUAGCUUUCACCAGCAUUAAAGGCCAGUAGAAAAAGGACAUUAAAGAAAAUUUCAAGGACCCAGAUAUUUGUUUAGUAAUGUUGGUCUAGGUUAAAAGAUCUUGUCAGAGCCUGUCAAACCAAAUGUGAAAGGCAGCCAAACCAGAUGUUUUUUUAAAGAAAGCAUGUUUCAGCUAAUUCUGUUUCUUGUACACGUGACACCAUGGGAAAAGAAUAACACAUCAUCAAUUCAUGUGAAGAUCCUUAAAUUUGGUUGGCAGUGUUUUUGACAGAAACCAUGUGUGUUGUCAUUUUACACUCCUGGUUUGUGGUCUGUGUUUACAUCUCUCCUGAAAUUCCCUACACACUGUAUGGAAAAUACACUAACUUAUUAUCAGAGUGAAUAUAUGAUAUCUCCAUUUUAAAGAACCUAUAAACGUUUGUGUAAAGUAUAGAGUUUUUUGAUGUAUUGAAAUGUGUACAGUAUACAGUAUAUAUUACAGAGGCCAUCAUAUCUCCAGCUCACUCUCACUCAGAAUACUUCAGUCAUGUUAGUGCCUAUGAUGUCAUACAGGUGGAGUUCCAACAUUUUAACAAGGAAAAUUAAAGUACUUAUUAGAUUUC